AAGUUGUUUUGUCCUAACAUCGAUAACUUAAUCCAUUCCAAAGUAUCCCCUACGGCCUAAACUCUCUCUCUCUCUCUCUCUCUCUCUCUAUGUCUUCGAAGCAAGCAAACACCGACGCGCAAGUGCCGGACCCGGAGGUGCGGCCCGUCGGCGGCACCGAGCACAGCUGGUGCAGGGCCGUCCCUGGCGGAACCGGCGUCACUGUCCUCGCCCUCCUCCUCUCCAAACCACCAAACCUCGCGCUUCUCCAAAAUGCCCUCGACAAUCUCCAAGUUUCCCACCCUAUCCUCCGUUCCAAGCUCCACUUCGAUUCCACCACAAACAUUUACUCCUUCGUCACUCCCGCCACUCCUCACGUCCAAAUCCAGCCGUUCGAUCUCGCAUCAACAGCUGAGAUUAUCCGGCGCCUCGCCGAUCCAUCGGUGUCGCCCUUCCACCUGAUCGUGGAGCACGAAAUGGAGCAGAACAGUUGGCGCGACAAUGCUGAAACGGCCGUGAUGUUUGCGAGUGUGUAUGAUCUGAGCGGCGAGGAGUGGGUGGUGGUGCUGCGGCUGCACACGGGGGCGUGCGACCGAACGGCGGCGGCGGCAGUGCUUAGGGAGCUGUUGGGACUCGUAGGUGGAGGGACGGGAAGGGAACUGGGGGGGAAAUCGAAGGUCAAUUUGGGAGUUGAGGAUUGUAUUCCCAGCGGCAAAACAAACAAGCCGUUCUGGGCGCGUGGAGUGGACAUGCUUGGGUACUCUUUGAACUCUUUCAGGCUGGCGAAUUUGAAUUUCCUGGACGUUGAUUCGCCCCGGCGGUCGCAGUUCUUGAGGUUGCAGAUGAAUUUGGAUGAGACCAAUCGGUUUCUUGCUUGUUGCAAAUCAAGAGGUAUCGGAGUAUGUGGAGCUUUGGCAGCUGCUGGACUGAUUGCAGCUUGUGCCUCCAAAAACCUUCCUGAUGAUCAAUGGGAGAAGUAUGCUGUUGUGACCCUCAUAGACUGUCGUCCAGACCUUGAACCAAGUUUUAAUAGCCACGGUCUUGGGUUUUACCACUCUGCCAUCCUGAACACACACGACAUAAGAGGCGGAGAAAAACUCUGGGAGCUGGCGAACAGAACUUACAUGUCCUUCGUGAAUGCAAAGAAGAGCAGCAAGCAUUUCACGGACAUGGCAGACCUCAACUUCCUCAUGUGCAGGGCCAUCGAAAACCCGGGCUUGACUCCAUCUUCAUCCCUGAGAACUUCCCUCAUCUCAGUAUUUGAGGACCCUGUGAUCGAUAACUCUACCGAAAUGCAUAGAGAGAUUGGACUCGAGGACUACGUAGGCUGUGCUUCUGCGCACGGUGUAGGGCCCUCCAUGGCUAUAUUCGAAACGAUCCGUGACGGACAAUUGAAUUGUCCAUGCGUGUAUCCUUCCCCGUUGCAUUCGAGGGAACAGGUGCAGGGGCUGGUUGAUGAUAUGAAGAGGAUUCUUGUGGAUGCUAGUUCUUGUGAGGAUGGUGAAAGCUAAAUCGUUCCUCUUUAUUAUGAGCUUAGCUUAUUGGUGAACAUGUUCUAAAUGAGCUAAAUUGUUUGAUGGAGUGCUUAGCUUAUUGGUGAACAUGUUCUAAAUGAGCUAAAUUGUUUGAUGGAGUC